CGACUGACCAAAAGUGCCACGUACGCCCUAGCCCAAACUUUCCCCGAUCGGACUCGAUGAAUAAAUUGCCGAUGCCUUGGACAGUGGCCUUUAUCCCUGACGCCUGAGCUGCUCUGUCUUCACUCUCCGAUCUCUUCCCAGCCGGAGACAUCAGGAAGCUUGUAGAUGGCGUCGAGACUACAGCAGCUUCAAUCUAGGGCUGUGGAAGUGUCUAAGUUCGUGUCUAAGCACGGAUGCGCUUACUACAAGGAUCUUCUGGAGAAGAACAAGCAGUACAUUGUGCAGCCACCCACCAUAGAGAAGUGCCAAGAGCUUUCAAAGCAGCUGUUCUACACACGUCUUGCGAGCAUCCCUGGUCGUUGUGAGUCAUUCUGGAAGGAAUUUGAUGCAGUGAAACACAUUUGGCGGAACCGAAAUGAUCUCAAAAUUGAGGACGCUGGAAUUGCAGCACUAUUUGGGCUCGAGUUGUAUGCAUGGUUCUGUGUUGGUGAGAUAGUGGGAAGAGGAUGUACUUUCACUGGUUACUACGUCUAAAUGGCUUGAGGUCAAAGCAAAGAUCCGUUUGGUUAGGUUUUUGCUGUUGGAUAAUGCGUUUUUUAUCUCAAUUUUUGAUUUUGCCCAUAAAUUCAUUGAGCUGGAGAGUCAGCUAGACAAAUUGUAAGUCGAUGAAUAAUUUGGAGACUUGCUUCUCUUGCGAGUUGAGAAUACACUCUUCUUCAUGGAUUUACAAGCUGUAUGAGUAACUUCAUUCUAGAAUAUACGUAGAUUUCAUGUUGGAUAA